AGAGAGAGAGAGAGAGAGAGAGAGAGAGAGAGAGAGAGAGAGAGAGAGAGGUGCAACAAAUUGCCUCUUCUCCAGUCCCUUCCAGUCAAGCCUGCAGUGCCCUGUCCAGCAAGAUAGACAGCAACUGGCAGGAAGUGUGCACCUCGCAUCCAAAACCAUUAAGGAAAGUGACCAACGACACCUCACCUCUGCUUAACAACAUCCCUGACCUCACCCACACCCGCCAACCACCGCCACUAAUCCAACUCUCCUGACCUACCACCACCACCACCACCACUACUGCUGCUGCUGCUGUUGCUACUGACUGCACCAACCCCAUUUCCCAUCGCCGGGCCGUCAUUAAUGCCUCCACACUACCAACUUGGCCACCCACAUAGCAGACUUGUACAAAAACUUCACCACCAGACACAAUGAUAACAGGAGAUAGGCCUACAGUAACCUAGUAUCGCUGCCUUUCUUUGGAUGCUGCUGUCAACAAGGAUGCACGGCAGGUCACUGUCCAGUUGUUGUAUGUGAUUACUGUGGCUGUUGACCAAUGCCAAACACACCAGGCUGAGGAAUCCAGGAGGCUUAAAUGUACCUACUGUCUAUGACGAGGACACGAGGAGAGUUGCUGCUACACAUGCACAAGCGAAGAACGGCAAGAGCGGCUCUUCCAAGCCUUACUGUCUGAACACCUCCAGCCAGCCACCCCCUAGCUGGCCACUCCCCAGCCUGCAGCUUACUGAGCUUACCUGACUAGAGCCACACACCCGGCCUGGACUCAUCACCCCCAUCCUGCCCCACUACUGCUAUGUUAGAAAAAUGACCGCCACCAUCCUCACCAUCCUGACGACCUACGUUCGUGGCUUCAGGACCAAUGUUAGAGAGCUGACACGCACCGCUCUUUAGCAAUGCGCUGACAUAGUGGUGGCGGUAGAUACCUUCCUGGAUGACAGCUGUGGUACCUCAUGCGACAGAAUUACUGGUUACUCCCACUGGACAAGGCAUGACUGACAUGGGCAGGGAGGUGGUUUAGCUCUAGGUCAUUGUGAGGGACUUCAAAUCGACGUCCUGACAGUAAACACACUAAAAGAGCUAGAAAGAAUGUUCUUGUGUCAUCCUUGAGGAUAGGAAUGCCCUGCUACUGUGUGUCAUGUACCGACCUCAGUGGCAGGGGAGUGAGCCGCUAACCUAUCUCACGAAUCUCCUGGACGGCAUCAUGGCAGCCCACAACUGUCAGAACAUUGCCAUAGUAGGAAACCUCAACCAGCACCUUAUCAUGAGGCCUUUUACAGAGCUGAUAGUGGUGCAGGGACUACGUAACCAUGUAGACUUCCCUACACAUCAGCAUGGAGGCUCCUUGGACCCUGUGCUGACGGACUUGGCAGGUGACAGUGUACAGUGCUGCCCACUGGACGUCAUGGCUACCUUCGACCACCUCGCUAUCCUCUCCACCUUUAUCCAUGCCCCAGCACGUGAGGAGAAGCAUCACAGGACCAUCUGGCUCUGGAAUUGUACUGACUGGGAUGUUGCAAGACGUGCCCUGAGCGAAUACCUUUGGGACUCAGUGUUAAUUUGCGAGCUGCACCAUGACAUCCGCUCCUUCACCACCAUCCUCCUCAACCUACAGCAGCAUCACGUACCACACAGGUCCUAUACAACGAGCCCUAAGGACCAGCCCUAGUUUGGGUAUCAUUGUCAGGUUGCUGGUGAGCAAAAGUACAGUGCAUGGCAGUGGUACAAGAGGCACCCGAGCCAGAGGAACAAAGCUAUGUACCAAGCUACUUGCAAAGCCAUGAUACGAACAGCGAAAUGGGCAAAAACAAAAUGGGAGGAGAACAACAGGAGGAUGCUGUCUUCCAACCAGCUGGACCCAAAGCGUUGGUGGAGUUUGGUGAAAGAGAACUAGGGUGUUACCUUCAAUGAAUGCUUACUGGCUCUCACAAAUUUCGGUGGGGAUCUGGCUGUCACCAGCCAGGAAAAAGCUGACAUCCUUGCCCAGGUGUUCAGCAAAAAGAUGAGGACAUCAGAAUACCUGACAGGCAGCCAACACCUCUUCCAUGUCUUGUUCCCACAAGUAUGGAAACUGUGGUAAUUUCACAUCACGCUGUCAGAAGGCACCUGAAGGGCAUUAACAUCAGGAAGACUCCAGAUCCUGAUGGUAUCAGUCCUUAUCUUAAAAAUGUGUGGAUGAGCUCACCACACCCCUUAUCAACAUCAUCUGCCAGUGCCUAGUGUCCACGGUGUGGCCAUCUCCAUGGAAGAAGGUAAGGGUCACACCUGUACAUGAAAAAAAGGGAAAGAUUGGUGCUGAAAAACUACUGACCCAUCUCUCUCCUCUCAGUGGUCAGUAAAACAUUCAAGAUGACCAUCGGUGAGCAAGUGAUGAGGUUCCUUGAUGAACACCAUCUUCAGUCACCGAGGCAGUUUGGGUUCAGGAAAGGACGCUCCACUUCCGACCUGCUCCUCCUCCUAUCACAGUCCUGGCACAAUGCUCUGGAUGCUGGACGGGCCUCACUUGUGCCUUCGACACCGUGUGGCACUAGGGGAUGAAAGCCAAGCUCAAGCAGCUUGGCAUUUCCAGGGAUCUGCUGCACCUAUUCUCCAGCUACCUGAGGCUUCUGUUUCACAAGGACCCAUAUUGUGGAACAUUUAUUUCAAUGACCUCCUGCAAAGCAGCCCCUCAGCUAGUGCAUACCUUGACAUGGACCUAUGAGAGGGAGGAGGCACAGGUCAUGGUACAGUCUGCCAACACACUGUUGCGUGACAUCAUGGCCUGGGGUGACCGGUGGCAAAUAAAGUUUGCCUUACAAGACUCAGGCCAUGGUGAUACCACGCUCUCCCCAAGGACAUGUGUGAUCUGUGUGGGAGGCUGGUGGUGGGAGGCAACACCAUCCCACUUCAAGACAGCAUCGACAUCCUUGGUGUGGAGGUGAACUCACAGCUGCUCUUCAACUGCCACCUUGAGAAUGUGGCUUGAAAAGCGAUGCAGAAGGUGUCCUUACUGCAUUGUUUGCGGCACCUUGACGCAAAGAGCCUCCUAACCCUGUACAAGGAUCUGGUCAGGCCCAUCAUGAAAUAUGUGCCACUCACACGGAUGUCCAGUGCCCUCUGCCACCUCAACCUGCUGGACAAAGUGCAGAGAAGAGCAGAGCGCCUCAUCAGGGGUGCCUGACACCUGUACCCUCCCCCCAGCAACCAUGGCAGCAGCAACAACAGAUGAGUGCUAAGAGACACACUGGAGCAUUACUGACUGUGCUACACAAGGCACAAAUCUAUAACGUGCCUCACCUAGCAGACCUGAGAGCCACCUGGAGGAGAUUGGAGUGUUGCACGAGAACGGUGCAGAGCAACGGACUGCUCUUGGAGGUGCCAUGGUCUUGCUCCAGCUCCCACCAAUGGACUUUCUCCUCCGCCACUGCUGCGUGGUGGACGUAAGACCUCUCUGUCCACACAGCAGAUGAAGAUUGCUGCUGAGAUGGUGCAAUCUGUUGCAGUGCCUGCUGCAAGCCCUGAUGGAUAAUCAUCCCCUUCCUUAAAAAGACUCAUUGCUCCUGCACCACUGCCACCAGCUCCUACACGGAAGCAUUCAUCUGCUACUGCUUCUCAAAUACUUGACAAAUAUUCAAGCUUUGAAUGAACACUUAUAAUAAAUUAAAGAAAUAACUUAUUUUGUAUUGCCUACAAUUUACAAAUAUACUGUUAGUCAGGAUACAUGUCUUGCUAUCCUAUGGUGUCAUAUUUCCUUUCUAUGUAUACAAAGUGUUGGUAAGAUGAUACACUUUUGGAAUAACUUUUCUAAAUGCACAAGACAUAUAUUCCUAAAAAAAAAACAACCCAAAGCAACAAAAAAACAACACUCACCUGCAGGAAUUCGAAGCCUUCUGCUGCGGCUUUGAUAGGGAGCUGCUGUUGGCUUGGAAGCCAGAUGUGCCUACAGGGCUACUGAUGUACUGCACAAAUACAAAGCAUUUAAUUAGCACAUCAUUUGACUUCAAUAAAAAUACAGUUGAAAAAUAUGGCACACACAUACAUACAUAAAGAGUGUUUAUAGGUAUGUAAUAAAUAACAAAAUUUGAACUUAUGUUAGCAUGGAACAAAUAGCAUAGUUAUACACCAUUGAGUGAUGUC